AUGAAUUCUGAAGAAUUUAAAAAAGCUGGUGAAGAAAUGAUUGACUAUAUAGCUAAUUACAGAGCAACAAUUUCUAAGAGACCUGUCGUAACAAAAGAAAAGCCAGGAUACAUGAGAAACUUUGUCCCUUUAAAAGCACCCAUGAAAGGUGAAAAAUGGAAACACAUAAUGGAAGACGUGGACAAAAUCAUUAUACCUGGACUUACUCAUUGGGUUCAUCCUCAUUUUUACUCCUAUUUUCCUAUGGGUGCCUCAUUGCCGUCUCUUCUCGGAACAGUAAUAACAGGAGCUUUCGGUUGUUCAGGGAGUACAUGGUUCACUUCUCCGGCAAGUACUGAACUUGAAAUUAUUAUUAUAGAUUGGGUUGCAAAACUGUUAGGGUUACCAGAGAAAUUUUUGUUCCAUAAAGAAGGUCGUCAAGGUGGAGGCUGUUUGCGAGGUUCUGCAAGUGAAUGCAUCCUUAUGACUGUUUGUGCAGCUCAAUGGGCAGCUCUGCAUGAACUAAAAAAGAAGCAACCUUCUACCCCGGAUGGUGAGUUGCUGACGUCAUUAGUUGCAUAUUGCUCUAAAGAAGCCCAUUCAUGCGUUGAAAAGGCUUGUUUAAUAGCAAUGGUCACUCUCAGAAUUCUUGAUACAGAUGACAGGUGCCGAUUUCGAGGAAAAGAUCUUGAAGAAGCAGUAAAAAAAGAUCUGGAAGGCGGACUGAAUCCUUUCUUUGUUGUUGGUACUUUCGGAACAACAUCAUCUACAGCAAUCGAUAAAUUCGAUGAACUAGGUUCAAUUUGUGUAAAAUAUGGUCUGUGGUUACAUAUUGACGGAGCAUAUGGUGCCAAUGCUUUGGUAUGUCCAGAAAUCCGACAUUUGGCUAAAGGUUUCGAAUAUGCAUCAUCAAUAAAUAUGAAUCCAAGUAAGUGGAUGUUAAUGCACCUUGAUUGUUCGAUAAUAUGGGUGGAAGAUAGGUUUCAAUAUGUUCAGAGUUUAUGUCCUAAAUCAACACCUAUGAACGUUCAUCCAGAUACUCAAAUGAUAGAUUUCUAUCAGUGGGGCACUGAUGACAGAAGAAGAUUUAGAGCUUUAAAAAUGUGGGUGACAAUUCGUAAGUUUGGCGUAGAAGGUAUACAGAAAUACGUAAGGAAUCAUAUUCAGUUGGCGAAGAAAUUUGAAGAAUUAGUUCGAGGAGACGAUCGCUUUGAGGUUAUGAAUGAUGUUAACUUUGGCCUAGUGUGUUUUCGAUUUAAAGGCACUAACGAAAUAAAUGCGAAGAUAUUGGCUGCAAUAGAUGCUUCAAGGAUGCUAUUUAUGGUUCCUGCAUCUUUAGGGAAUACCUAUAUUAUUCGUUUUAGUGUAAAUUAUGAAGAAAGCACUGAAAAAGAAAUACUGUAUGCGUGGGAAAUCAUAAAAAACACAGUAGAGGAGCUUGAUCUAACAAUAGACGAAAUGUAUGACUCUUUGGAAUAUUUUUAUUGA